AUGCUCAACCAGGUCCACAAAUCCUUCUCCAAAAUGCACGCUCGACGGAACCCAAAUCUGUCGAUCCAGUCGACAGCCUCGUACUCGCAACUCAGCCCCCAGGUCCAGUCGGCCACAUCGGCCGUUUUCCUCUCGCCAACCGUAGCGUCGCGCCGGGGUUUACUGAGUGGGCGAUCACCACCCCCAAGUCCGAAUCUACCGAGCUUGAUCCCGAGACAUGGCAAGAAGAAAACGCAGCAGUCGGCCGGCCAUUCGAGGACGGUGAAGACCGUCUUGAUCGGUUGCUGUGGCGUGCUCCUGUUGUGUUGGAUGGUGCUGCGCCAGAUCUACACCACUACCCCGCAUGGCGCUGUCAACUAUGAAGACGAGACGAGUGGGGACGAGUGGGAAAUGGUGGGCGGCGCUGGUCUGCCGCAGGAACCGAGUGCGGUUGCUGUGCAGGAUGCAAAAGGCAAGAUGAGGUGGACUGUCUCUAUUCCCCAUGACUUGGACUUUCCCUUGCGCCCGAGCCAGUAUCGGGAUAUCUGCCACACGAGCAUGGAGCUGGCCAAGAGUAUAAGGCAGGAUGCGCAGAAGAGCAGUACCAAGAGGAUGUUGGCCUAUUACCAGAAAGAUGAGUAUUAUAUCGAUGUCAAAGACGCGGAAGAGCAGGGAUUGCUUCCUCCGUCCAAGGCAGCAGCGAGGCCAAAGGGAUUUGUCGAGGAUGAGGCGAUUGCAGAUGGCAUCUCUGUCAGUGGACUCAAGGUCUGUGACAGGACCUUGACCUAUGUCAUGGAGACGGAAGACGCAGGCUUUGGCAACUCCUUGAUGAGAUUGUGGAUGUCGUAUGGUCUGGCGAAAGCCGAGAACCGUACUUUCUUCAUCGACGACACGAGAUGGCCCUACGGCAAAUACAAAUCCUACUUCCUCCCUCCCCCCACCGCCUCGUGCGCUCCCCCACCCCCCUCCCACAUCGUCCCCUGCCCACACACAGCCUCGCACCUCAUCGUCUCGGGCGCGACCAUCAGGCAAACCUUUGGCCACGCCUUCACCAACGAAUGGGAAGACGCCACCAAAAUGCGCGUCGCCCGCCAACGCAAAAUCUUCGGCCUCGCCCGCACAGGCUACGAAGCCCUGUUCAAACUGCGCACUGACGAUGCCGCCUACAUCGACCAGCGCGCCCUCGACCUCUACCAGGACGUGCAGCAGCAAGGGGGGCUCAGCAUCGCGAUCCAUGUCCGACACGGGGAUAAACACCCGUAUGAAUACCAGUACUCGAAAGACUAUAUCCCCUUAUCCCACUACGUCGACACAGCCCGAGACCUCUACAUUGACCUCGUCGAAAACAAAAGACAGUCUGGGUGGAAGCGCAAACCCAACAAAUCCAACGACGACAACGUGAACAACAACAAAAACAACAUUGACAUCCUAAACCUCCAUCCCAGACACCCCCCGGCCCCCAUGAUCCUCGCCUCCGACGACCCCCUCGUCUAUCUCACACCCGACCUCGGCACCGCCUCCCACCGCGCCCAGGACCGCAUCGUCCUCGCCACCAAAGCCGCCAUCGAAGCCAACGCUCCCGGCGCCAAAAAGUCCCCCUGGAUCGACGAGAUCACGGGCUGGGAAGGCGGGUUUUACCGCGACGUCUUCUUCAGCCUGGGCCAGCCUGUUGGCAAUGCGGGGGAUUUGGCGCGCGUGUCGCCGGCGAGUGAUGAUGGCGCUGCUGAUGCGGAUGCCAAGGAUGUCGCGGUCCCGGAACAGGCGAUGAAGCUGCGUGAGUUGGUUGGGCGUGCGUACCUGCUUGAUUUGAGUGUGCUCGGGCGCGCGGAUAGUGUGGUGUGUGGGGUUGCGAGUACGAGUUGUAGGUUGCUGGCGGUGAUGUUGGGGUGGGAGGCGGCGAUUGAGCAGGCGAGGUGGAGGAACGUGGACGGCGGGUUUGAGUGGAGGGGGAUUGUAUGGUGA